ACAGAAACCUCUGCAGAAGUAAUUUAAGUAUAACGAAUGCAUUUAAAUUGCUCCCUGGCAAUACAAACAACGGUUAAAUCAUUUUCGAGGCUCUUUUACUUAUUGCUGAUUUAAAAAGAAUGGAUCCAGUGCAAGCAGACGGUUCAUCAUUCUUCAUGUGCAAAAUAUGCAACUUGUUCUCUCCCAGUAAACCAUUGCUGCUGUCUCAUGUUAAUGAGACUCACUCCAAUGAAGGAGGUGAUCCUGACACUUUUAUUAUAGCACUUAAGCCUUUAACAACUCCGGAGCCACAGGGUUCAGAAGUUGUUGCGAGAAGAAAGCGUGGAAGACCAAAAGGCUCUACUAAGAAAGUCCAACCAGAAAAGGUCCAGAAAAAUACACCCAAUCAGCAGAAGAAUGAGUCCACAGAAAUACAACCGCUGGCAGUAGCUGAAGAGCCAAGUGAGGAUGGCAGUGAUCUGGAGUGCAAGAAAUGCAAUCGCGUGUUCAGCAACAGGAGACAAAUCUCCAAACACAUUUGCUUCAUAGGACUGAAAGAGGCCGCUGAUGAUGUAGAGUAUAAUGGUAAUAAUACUGAUGCAAAUAAAAUCAGUGAUGAAGAGGAAGAGAAAGAGAGGACACCAAAGAAAGCUUGCGCGAUGCGGACAGAUAAGCUGUUCAGUGCAAAGGACCCUGAAUCAGCAAGCGGCAACAAAAACCCUAUUAUUAGUGUGGUCCUUACCAGUCACGAGGCCAUGCCUGGUGCCUCUAAGAUAGUUCCUAUUAAAGCAGCUCCAGCUGAACCAUCCACCCAGACUGUUGCAGACGCAGGUUCCCAGGAGGCAGCAAUGAAAAGGGGAUACCAGGAAUAUGCCAUUCAGCAAGCUGCUUAUGAAGCACCCCUCAAAUCAAACAGGUUAGGACAGACGCAGCUUAAAAUCUUCACAUGUGAAUACUGCAAUAAAGUCUUCAAGUUCAAACAUUCACUGCAGGCUCACUUAAGAAUCCACACCAAUGAGAAACCAUUCAAGUGCCCGCAGUGUGACUAUGCCAGCGCUAUAAAGGCCAAUCUUAGCGUUCACAUGCGGAAACACACCGGGGAGAAAUUCAGCUGUGAGCUGUGCUCAUUUAAUUGCCUCAGCAAAGGACACCUCAAAGUGCAUGUGGAGCGAGUGCACAAGAAGAUCAAGCAGCACUGCCGAUUCUGCAAGAAGAAAUACUCCGACGUGAAGAACCUUCUAAAACACAUCCGCGAGACUCAUGACAUGAACGACAAGAAGGUACAGGACUCCUACAAUGAGUAUAGCCUCCAGACCAGGGAGGGCAAGAGACAGCUUCUGUACAACUGUCAAAUAUGCCACCGCAAGUUCAAGAACGAGCUCGAGCGCGACCGUCACAUGAUGGUUCAUGGCAACAAGAGACCCUUCGGCUGCGAACUCUGCGAUCACGGCUCAACCAAAUUCCCAGCCUUGCAAGCCCACAUCCGAAAGCAUCCCUUCAUCUACGUGUGUGCCAUUUGCCAUGAAAAAUUUGUCAGCUCUGUGCGACUUAGGUCACAUCUCCGAGAGUUCCACUCGGAAUCGGAUGAACCCUCUGCUUUUGCAGACUCCAUCAAUUCCAGCUUUUGCUUGCUCAAACCAGGCGAUGACAUUCAGAAGGACAUGUUGAAUCAGGAUGAGCUUAAGAUCACAGAAGAGCUGUCGCAGCUCAAUGCCCAGGAGCUGUUAACCACAGAAAUUACUUGCAUGGCUCAAGAGGACCUUCAGACUCAAUGCUCUGAUAGUUUAGAGGUGGAGUCAGACCUUCUUGUACAGAACUCAAAGGAUGAAAAUCCCAUUUCAGACAGUAUAAAUAAGACCGACACACAGACACAAGAGAUGACCUGCGAAGAUGCGAUAAAUGCCCAAAGACUUCAAGAUGAUCCAAAUAAAAUGGAGUGCAGUAUGGCAGAAGAUCAGAAUCCUGCUGGAGGACCUGCACCGUUGACACCUGAAAAAGCACAAACGCACUCUGAGCAGUUAAUAUCAAAGGAUACAUUGCCUCAAACCGAGGAAGAGGCGAUUGCGCCACAAACUAACGCAGAUGAGGACUUACUCGAUUCAGAGCAAGAAGAGAUAUCUGCUUUUAAGCAGAUUGUAGAGCAGAUGCAAAAACGACAGCUUAACAUGGAAGUGUUUGAAUGGAUUCGGAAAGUGUUCGGAGACCUUGAAUGCGAAUACUGUGGUAAGCUUUUCUGGUAUCAGGUGCACUACAAUACACAUGUACGAACUCACACGAAAGAGCACCUCCAUUACUGUUCCCAGUGCAAUUAUUCCUCCAUCACUAAAAACUGCCUGAAGAGGCAUGUCAUCCAGAGACAUUCUGACAUCCUGCUGAAGUGUCCCUCUGAAGGAUGCCUUUACUGUACACCUGACAAAUACAAGCUUCAGGCUCAUCUCAAAACCCAUUCGGACAUAGUCAAAAGAAGUUUUACAUGCUCAGUAUGUCAAGAGUCUGUUCCUGAGGACAAAGUUAGAGCUCAUAUUAAAAGCAACCAUCCAGAUGUGUCGCUGAACCACAUCUCGGAAACGUUGGGAAUACGUGUACAUGUGAAAGGAGUGAUUGGGAAACGAGCCUCCAAAUGCCCGUACUGUGAUUGCUUCUUCACAAGGAACGGGGCAGAUCUUCAGCAGCACAUAUGGGCUCAUGAAGGACUGAAACCGUACAAAUGUUCACAAUGUGAUUAUGCCUCAAGAAGUAAAAGCAACCUCAAAGCUCACAUGAACAGACACAGUACUGAGAAAACUCAUCUUUGUGACCUCUGUGGAAAAAAGUUAAAGUCUAAAUGCACGCUGAAAAGUCAUAAGCUCAUGCACACAGCUGACGGAAAACAGUUCAGAUGUACUGAGUGUGACUUCACUGCUGCACUGAGACCGCAUCUCCUUCGUCACAUGGAGCAACAUGCCUCUUUCAAACCUUUCCGUUGUGCGCACUGCCACUACUCAUGCAACAUUUCAGGUUCCCUGAAAAGACACUAUAAUAAGAAACAUCCUAACGUUCAGUACAUCAAUGCUGGAACAGGGGCGUCCACUUCCGAAACUGUGACAGAGCAAGGUGGAGUCAAAUGUCCUGUGUGCAAUUACGUUUAUGGCACUAAAUGGGAAAUGAACAGACACCUAAAGAGCAAACAUGGUCUCAAAGUGGUGGAGAUUGGCAGUCUGGGUCUGAAUCAGUGGGAGGUAGUGGAGUCAGUGGAGGAGCCGGCCAUGCAGUACCUUCACAUAGCUGAGACUGAGGAUCCGCAAGGAACAGAGACUGCUGUAUCAGCUCUGCAGGACCUGCGCUUCAACACACAAAAUGGUGUUGUGUCUGCCGCAGCGGGAGACAGACUAGACCCGGCGUCUGUCAACAUCCUGCAGCAGAUCAUUGAACUGGGCUCAGAGAAUCAUGAUGCCGCUGUGGCUUCUGUGGUUGCCAUGGCUCCUAGUACAGUUACUGUUGUAGAGCAGGUGGAGGAGGAAGAGCCGCAGGCCAACCAUGCCAUGAUGAUCCAGGGUGCACUGCAGCAGGCCACAGUGGGCCUGGGAGAAGAGCACCAUCUUGUGGUUUCUUCAGACGAUAUGGAGGGCAUCAAAACUGUUACAGUGUAUACACAGGGAGAAGACGCAUCCCAGUUCAUAAUCUACGUUCAGGAGGCUGUGCAAACUGAGGAGACCACCACAGUAUAGAGCAUAGUAAGAUGGGGUUUUAAAACUACUAGCUAGCUAAUUCAAAUGCUGUUCUAGUGUUUUGUUUUAUUUUGUUCUUUUGCUAUAGUUACUCCAGUCAGGUCUUGAACAGACUACUGCAGCCAUACCUAUAGGUUAUAGGGACCUAUCUUGCACAACUGUAAAUAAUCAGAAAUGAACAGUAGCAGUGAAUAGUCAUAGCCUUGUGCUACAGAAAAAAUAAAUAUUUCCUGACUAGGGGAAUCAGCAGAAGCAAUAAGGUUUUAAGUCUUUGCAAAAAUCUUGAGACCUAUCAUAGUAGAUAAAGCCAGUUGCACAUAACACAGAAUCUAUUUUAGAAAUUAGAAAAACAAUUUCAUGUACUAUCAUUGCCUGCAGGCAUAAGUAUGUAUGUACAGUUACUGUGUGACUCUGGCCUUCUCCACAUUUUUUAUAUAAAACUCCCAUACAUUGUAUGGCUAUCAUAAUAGUAAACAGAGGUAU